CCACAAAAAUAGAUAACAGAAACGCCAGUCAAGCAGUCAUGCUGGAAGCAGAAGACAGUUUGCUUAAAGUUAUGGAAAGACUCAACAUCGAAGUUCUGGAUGAACGACACAGUUCGGUUCGGAAAUCUUUUGGCGCAAACGUUCGGUUGUUUAUCUAUGUCCCGUCUGCUCCCAAGAGGAAAGCAGAAGAGCCAUCGAUGCGAUUCAUUUCCACGAAAAAGGCUAAAGAAUGGCAUGUCAACAGCACCAUCUAUCCCGGUAUUCGUCCUUUCUACUACUAUGCGGACCAAACGGAGCGUAACCGAAGUCUUAUUGAACAAAUAGCCAAAGGCCAGUUCAUGCGUAUGUAUGGGCCCCGGGCUUCCGGGAAGUCCUCUCGUGUGUGGCAGGCAAUGGAACAACUCGCAUCUCUUGGUUACGAGUGCAUCUAUGCGACUCUCGAAGAUGCGACUAUCCGCGAUGAGCAAUCCUUCUGGGUGUCCCUUAACCAGCGUUUCGGAUCGGAGUCCCGUCUCCCAGCUGUCAUUGAUAGCUCUGACAGUUUCCGCGAGGCCUUUGAUCCAAGAUACGAGAGGUGGAACCGCCCUGUAGUGAUAUUUCUAGACGAGUUUGAUAAACUCCAUGACGAUGAUGCAGCUGACGCUUGUUCUUCGGUCUUGAGCACAAUUCGCGGCAUCAGAAACGAUCGAAAGACAGUCAUACACUCCAUCAAUACAAUAGGCACUUUCGCUAUCCUCGAGUUGGACCAGACAAGGCCAUCUCUAUCGCCUUUCAACGCUACCGAAAACUUUGAUGGUGUGAGCCUUGCAAAGGAGCAAGUUUAUGAUCUUUACAAUGACUAUUCUAAGGAACACAAGAUAACUAUCGAGCCUGCAGUCAUUGAAGACAUUUAUGACUUAACCAGCGGCAGACAUGCCGGCCUUGUUUGCCUCUGUGGCCGCGCAAUCCAUCGUGAACUUUACCCUGAUAUUGAUGCGGGAACGAAAGUGCUCAGUUUCGAGACAUGGACAAAUUUCGCUGACAAGUCGCUGCAAAAUCAAAUUACUGGAUAUGCCACGUUCCGAAAAUUAAUCGAUACUCUUACAAAAGAGAAAUAUCGAGACGCCAUGAACUUUCUUCGAACGUACUUUGUAGGAAAUUCCGAUGACUUUGUACCUGUACGCCAUCUCGAUCACCGCAGAUUAGCCUCUUUUCUGGCUGCUCAAGGUGUGCUGCAAUCAAGUCCACAAGACGAAUCGGCAAGCGCCUUCAAAAUGUCAUCACCACUCAUAGACGGGUUGAUUCGGCAAGUUGUCAUUCCCGCUGCGUACCCAAACUGCCCCAACCUGCCAAUUCCAAAGGAAAAUGGAUCUUUGGACAUUAUAGGCAUCCUGAAAGAAGCUAUCAAAUUCUUCGACAAAGACCUCAUUACCCUGGCGCCUGAAACUGCGAGCAAAGUUAGCAAAGACGUGCGCGUGAAUGGUCUGGUCAACCAACUUGUUCCUCGGGAGUCCGUAUACGAUUCAGAGACGUUGAGAAUCUUAAUGAAUUGGCUUGACAGACAACACAAUUAUACAGUCGUUGGGCAGUGGACCAUCAGAGAUCCCAAAUUGAGAGGCGACGUACAGGGGAGCCGCAAAGUCCUUGACAUAGUUAUCCAAAAAACCGGAACGCCGACAAUAGUUUUAGAAUUUCUGGCCACAGGAUACCCUGACUUUAUCAAACAGCAUAUUAAUAUUGGAAAGGCACCUAUAUACCAAAAGCGCGUCUCCGCAGAUGCGAGCUGGGUUAUUCACUUUACUCGUCAGGAUGGAUACCUUGACAAAACGAAGCCCAUCUGGCAGUCCGAUGAGGCCUUGAACAUGGGCGUUAACCUGGUGCACAUAUGGCAUGAUGCGAAUUUUACAACGGCGCGGAUGGGUGCUCGUUGGAAGGAUGCAGAUGGCAAUGUACAGCAGAUUAAUAAUGAGGUGUUAACGGUUUGA